AUGCAGUUCAACGCCUCGCUAGUCUGCCAACUAUUCUACCACGUUGUCAAUGCGGACUCUUGCUGGAAGGAAGCAUUCAUAAAGUUCUUUGGGGCAUCAGUACCGUUCAAGAGACUGGACCCCAAGAGCUGGCGAGGUGAAUAUAUCAAGCGGACGAGAUUGUUGAGACGCUGGGAAAAGGGUCGCGGAUCAAAUGUCUUGAUCGACCCCAAGAUCGGCGAGAUUACAAAGCUCUGGAUAGGAGACGCUCGCAGGUCGGACGAGAGAUGGUUCUUAGCUGGAGGUCUUGCAGAAGGCGUGGUAGCGAAAUGCAAUCCGCUACUUGGCAAGGUGCAAAAGGAUGCUGUUCUGCGAAUGGCUCAUGUUGCCCACGUUGAAGUCGCUGUCAUGGCCAUGGAUCAACACCGAGUAGUAUGGGGUUUGACCACGGGAGAAGUUUCAUUAACAACAUUGGCGUACGGUACGGCAGGGCAGAUGUUUCAAGCAUUCGUGGGAUUUCAUAACGGACCGGUAACGUGUAUCAAACUGGUUCCGAACCACCUGGGCUUUUUCUUGACGGGAGGUGUUGACGGCGUCAUCAAGCUAUGGGAUGUCUUUAGGGCGCGAUGUGUCCGCGAAUUCACGACAGGGACGAGCGCGACUCAGCAUAAUCGGCCAAAGAUCGAUCAUAUCUGCUGUGAACCUGGGUCUCGUAUUGUUGCAGGAACCUCCACCGGCGAAAUAUAUGUGUGGGAGGCGGAUAUCAAGGCGAUCAUGGCGCCACCACCUUCAUCGACCUCGGAAGUUUCUGCUCCAAUCCGCUCAGGCUCGUCAGACAAUAUCAGUACGACCAUGUCUGCCCUGCCUGCUGCAGCAUCGACAGACCCAAGCACGUCAGUUCCUUCUAUGAUGCCAAAGGUCGUCAAGCUGCCAGAAGAGCCCAAGGGAGUGAAAUACUUGGAAGUUGAAUUCAUGGCGGACCGCUCUGGGCUGAUCCUGACACACGCCGCAGAUGCUCGGGUCAUGCAUCUGUACAGCUUGCAUACCCUGGAGCAUUUAGCGACCUUGAAAAGUCCUGCGCACUUUACGCCCAUCACUGCAGUUCACUGGGACUCUCUCAAGCACGAGCAGCCCAUGAUCUCUUUGUCGAACAGCGUGCGCCCAGCUAUGUCCUCUAUCCCUCAUGUACGGCAAGGAAUGCCUAGUCUUUUAGCCACAGGUGAUCAGUCUGGCAAUAUCUGCUUGUGGUACUUGGCUGAUAUCAUGAAACGUCAGGACAAGAACCGGAAUCUACAUCCAAGCCAGGCCCGACAAGAUGCUUUGGAGCUGGAACCAACCUGCGUAUUAAAAGCGCACGAUUCGAAAGUGAGCAGUUUGUUUGUGGACAAGCUGAUCAUCGUCUCAGGAAGUGCGGAUGGAUCGGCCAAGGCAUGGAAUCCUGUCAACGGCAAACUGAUCUCUGUCCUCAGCACUGGGUAUAUUCGCGGCCAUGACAUAAACGAUACGAACAGCUCUGCGGUCAAAUGCCUCGCCGUGAACAGUAUGCAGUGCCGCGGCAUUCUAUCAAUCGGCAGGCUGGUCAGGAGCUGGGACUUUUCACCAGACGCAGGCCUUGCCAAAGAAAAGCACCGCAGGAACAUGGCCAAGAAGCAGGUUCAAUAUAGUGGCGGACCCAAGAACAGGAUUCAGAACUACAUCCGCCACAGUCUUGAGGAGUCCGUGUCUCUGAAGCAGCUGGAGGAAGACGCAAAGGAUCGUCGCGAGCAGCUUCAUCGACGAUACAACAAUUUGGAGGGGUUGAACAUGGUUGAUAUGACAGAUGAAGAAGUUGUCGAGUAUGUGAUGAUGCUCUCCAAAGAACAUGACGAUCAGGAAGCGGCUCAGCUUGCUCUUGAGAUGCAACAGAUACAUGAAAUGGAGGAAGAGCUCGCGUUGAAGCGGCAGAUCCAAUCUCAGAUUGGAAUUCGCAACGGAGGCGAGGGCCCAUCGAAAUCUGCUGCUGCAUGGAACAGACAGAGCUUUGAAGCAGUCAGCUCGAAUUCAGCAGGCAUCCAAGACGACUUUGUAACAGAGCAGGAAAUGGAGGAAGAGGAAGAACUGGUACGGAGGGCGAUUGCAAUGAGUAUGCUGGAUAUGGAGUCCUCCUCCAGCAGUUCUCACCAAGAUCACUUUCAUCAAGAACACUCACCGGUGGACAGUAAAGGCGCGCACAUCCCUGACAGCUACGAGUAUAAACCUAUCAAUUGGGGACCCAGCGACCUUGUAGAUGUGGAUACCAUUGGAAGCGACGAACUCGAGAGACAAGAGGAUCAUCAGAUUGUGCAGUCAAUCCUGAGAGAAUUGGAAGAAGAGGACGCCAAAGAACACAAUAGCGCAGAAGCACGGCCGUCUAUCAGCCAGUCAGCUUCAGCACCCAUUGCCUCUUCAAGAACAACAUCUCUUCCGUCCCCAUCAUCACAACCAUUGAACAGCGGUCCGACAAGUGACGAUCAGAAGCAGAACGAACCCCAGGUCAAGAAGAUGACCUGGUCGAUGGUAGCACGGACCAACCCUGGAUCGUCUGCCACUGCAGCGUUGAGCCCACAGAGGAGCGAGCCAAGUCCACAACAGCCUCAACCAAGCAGCAGGCCACUUGCGAUUAUCAAACAGUACCCUCGAAGCGCGUCUCAGGAGGAGAUUGAGGACGAGGAUACACAGCUCGCACGGAUCUUGUCGCUGUCGAUGGUCGAGAAAUAG